AUGCCAGUUACAGCCGGUCUAAAGAUACCCGGGGGACUUCCGAGUGAAGUUCUCAGUGCCUGGCAAACAAAAGUGGUGACUAUCGCCAAGUCGAAGAAGUUUCGGGAUCAUCACGGGAAGGUUCUGCUGGAGGGUCACAGGCUGAUCAAGGACGCCCUGGAGGCAGGAGCUGUGCUGCAGACUCUCUUCUUCAGCACUGUGGGGCACCUGAAGGAGCUGCCCGAGGCAGAGCUAAAACGAGCCAACUUAGUUAAGGUGAAAUUUGAAGACAUUAAGAGCUGGUCUGACCUCGUAACUCCUCAGGGGCUUAUAGGGAUCUUUUCCAAGCCCAACCAUGCCAAGAUGUCUUACCCUGCCGCUCAGCUAACCAGCUCCUUGCCACUCCUCCUCAUCUGUGACAAUAUCCGAGAUCCAGGAAACCUGGGGACUAUUCUGAGAUCUGCAGCAGGAGCAGGCUGUGAGAAAGUGCUUCUCACCAAAGGCUGUGUGGAUCCCUGGGAGCCAAAGGUGCUCCGUGCAGGCAUGGGAGCUCACUUCCGUCUGCCCAUCAUCGCCAACCUGGACUGGGAAGCUGUUCCCAGCCACCUUCCUGCCCGUGUCCAGGUCUGCGUGGCUGACAACAAAGACCCAGGCGCUCAGGCGUCCGUGCCGAGAGGAGCUGGCGGGGCUGGCUCUGCUCCUGGCAGCCCGAAAGCUCUUGUGAAAUCCAAAGCCCGGGCUGCUCCUGAGAGCGAGGAUGAGGAGGGAGCUGCAGAUGUCUGCGUCCCAGAGCUGGCCGCACAGUAUUACUAUGAGAACUGGACACAGACUCCGGUGGCAGUGGUGAUUGGCGGAGAGACCCAUGGUCUGAGUCCAGACGCGCUUCACCUCGCAGCCAGCACCGGAGGGAAGAGAUUGGUCAUUCCCGUGGUGCCAGGCGUGGACAGCUUGAACUCUGCUAUCGCUGCUGGCAUUGUGCUGUUUGAGGGGAAGAGACAGUUGCUGUGGAGGCACAAGCAGGAAGACGAAAGGCAGAAGUUCCCUGUAGUGGGCUAA